GUAGGUGGCUGGUUAGCGGGCCCCAAGGGCCAGAGGACGAGGAGGCGGGACGUCCUUGCCCCCGGUGACCCGUGCUCUGUGUCCUCCCACAGCGAUGGGCGUGCAGCCCCCCAACUUCUCCUGGGUGCUUCCAGGCCGGCUGGCGGGACUGGCGCUGCCGCGUCUCCCGGCCCACUACCAGUUCCUGUUGGACCUGGGCGUGCGGCACCUGGUGUCCCUGACCGAGCGCGGGCCCCCUCAUAGUGACAGCUGCCCCGAGCUCACCCUGCACCGGCUGCGAAUCCCGGACUUCUGCCCGCCGGCGCCAGACCAGAUCGACCGCUUCGUCCAGAUCGUGGACCAAGCCAACGCCCGGGGCGAGGCUGUGGGAGUGCACUGUGCUCUGGGCUUUGGCCGCACUGGCACCAUGCUGGCCUGUUACCUGGUGAAGGAGCAGGGUUUGGCCGCAGGAGAUGCCAUCGCUGAAAUUCGGCGCCUUCGACCUGGCUCCAUCGAGACCUAUGAGCAGGAGAAAGCUGUCUUCCAGUUCUAUCAGCGAACUAAAUAAGUGGCCUCAGCACCCUUCUUGGAGGCCCUGCUCCAGAGCCCUGUGUAGUUGGGGCCAGAGACAGAGGAAAGUGGACUGAAACAGAGACUGAAAUAAUGCACCCCUGCAGGCAGGUCCAGACUGAAGGCAGGCUGGAGGGGAGGCUGUCCUGCUUCUACCCUGAAUAAAUGACUUAUAAGAACA